AUGCUCUGCCGCGAUGACGGGGGGGGUUUCGACGUUCGGUCCUCGUCGUCGCCAAGCGCGACCAAUCACACGAGCCGUCUACGCGCGAACACUUUACAAACCCCCAACGCCGCUCCAACAACAGCAAACGCCAACCUGCAGGAGACAACACAGCAAAGAAAGGAGGAAGAAUUUCCAAUUUACCGUUCUCUGCACCCUGCAACGUCUCAAGACAUGGCCAGAACGGGUAAGGAGGUUGACCUGAAGGCCGAUUGUGGCAGUCUGGCGCUUGUUGUUCCUCGUCCUUUUCUUGAGAGGGUCUGGGUACAGGACCCGGAUGCCACGAUGGUGAUGACAGGACCCGAAAAUCGGGUGGUUGUCGACGAGGCAGGUGGGAAUAGGUGUCCCGGGAGAACGGUCACGGCGGCUAUGGUGUUUGGACCCUCUGGGCGAGAUCCCACCUGUCCGGGAUUUGGAAGGCGUGUAACCUGUGAGAGAGGGCCUCGAGAGACGGUCUGGACGAAGGCCGAUCAAACGCGGUUGGGUCUAGCGAGGCAUACUCUUGACGACGUGGCGAAAUUGUCUGGCAGUGGUAAUGCUGGAGGUGCGUCUGCGAGGUUGUGUCAUGGCGGCGGACUGAAGGCCGGCCAUCUGUCCAACACUGCCCGAAUGACGAGCUUUUCCCCCGGGACGGCGUCUCUCCUCGGAGGUUACGCUGCCGGAUGGGGGCUGCUCCGGCCCUCCGAGUCUCACCUCUCGGGAGCGGAAGCCGGAGCCGGAGUUGAGGCCGAAGUUGAGGCCGGAGCCUGUGCAAGCUGCACUAGGACCAUCGGACGGAUUGAUCGUGGAGCAUUUCUGCCGCCUAGAAUCUGCGACUGCAUAUCCUACCACCUCGUCGAGGGAUUCCCCAUGAGGCAGUCUCUCUACCAGUGGAGGCUCAAGGAGCAGCACAAGAUGCCACGAUAUGUUUCCCACAAGGAACUCCAGCCAGGACUCUUGUACCUGUUCCCCAACUCAGCCCAUCCACAGUCGAAAUGUCCACUCGGGGCCGCCCAGGCUUUGUUCAACGGGUACCUAAUCGACUGGCUAGACCGAGGCAUAAUCCAUCCUCAGGGCGUGGUAACAAAGCACAUCUCCAGCGGUACCAAUCCCGCCUGUUCUCGGCUUUUCUCAGCUUUCCCCAGAGGCCAGAGCCCCCUCCCGAUCCCCCGCGAGAUCCCGCCUCCGUCGCAUUUCUCAGACAAACCAACCAAAAUCAUCCCGGGUUCCAAAUUCCCAUUUCCCAGAGUUCGUUCUCUCCAACUUUACCUUACCUUAUCCUACAUCUUCCCUCCCACCCUCCUCUCGGCCCGUUAUCAGAGUUCCAUCCCACAGGACCUGAACCUCACCACCCGAUUGGGCUCUAGAGUCUCCAAAAUGCUCCCCUGGAGAACCAUCGCACCCCGAGCCGCGAGGCGUACCGCUUCUGCAUUCGGAGCACCACCCCGCCGCAUCACAUGUGGUGGCACCUUUGGAUCCGCGAGUAGACACCUCUCCGCAACCGCCGCCGCCCGCCAGCUCAACGCAAAGGUCGUCACCGAAGGCAUCAACGCUGUAAGUCCCGGUCAUAACCUGACCCACCCCACCGCACCUGCCUUACCUUAUCACAACCCCGCCUUCUUUCCCCGUCUCCCGUCCCCCGUCUUCCCGCUCGGCUUCCCCGGUCCCCUGGCCGCAACUCCGGCUCCGGCUCCGGCUCCCGGCUCCGGCGCAACUAGCUGCCCCCAUUUCUGGCUAAGAGACAACUGUCGAUGCAGCAAAUGCGUGAACCAAGAUACCACGCAACGAAACUUUGAUACAUACGCCCUGCUGCUGCUGCUGCUGCUGCUGCUGGCAACAUGGCCCCCAACCUUCAAAUCACCUAACCCCCAAGAUAUCAGACCUUCCGAGAUCAAGUCGGAAGAAAAGGGUAUCAAGGUGACAUGGGAGCAAGACGGUCACGAGAGCUUCUACCCAUGGCACUUUAUCAAGCACUACCUGCAACAUGACCACCGCAGUCCGGAACGAGUCAACUCCCAUUUCUGGGGCUCCGACGUGGGCGAAAGGCGCCCCGUCGUCGAGUACGACCACCUCAUGACCGACAAGGACGACUCGGGCGUCGCAAAGUUGACAAACCUCAUUCGCGAGUACGGCUUCGCCUUCGUAGACGGAACCCCCUACGACACCCCGGAACCAACACAGCGCGUGCUCGAGAGAAUCGCCUUCAUCCGUGAGACGCACUACGGCGGCUUCUACGACUUCGUCCCGGACCUCGCCAUGGCCGACACGGCCUACACCAACAUCGCCCUCCCGGCGCACACGGACACGACCUACUUCACCGACCCGGCCGGCCUGCAAGCCUUCCACAUGCUCUCCCACGAGGCUCCGCCGGGACAGCAGCUACCCGAAGACGGCAAGCUCGGAGGCGAAUCGCUCCUCGUGGACGCCUUUUACGCGGCGCAGAUCCUGCAAAAGGAAGACCCGGCCGCGUACGAGAUCCUCUCCAAGGUGCGCCUGCCCUGGCACGCGAGCGGCAACGAAGGCAUCACGAUAUCUCCCGACAAGCGGUACCCCGUGCUCGAGGUUGACCCGCAGACGCGGACGCUGCAGCGGGUGCGGUGGAAUAAUGACGACCGCGGCGUGGUGCCGUUUACCGACGACGUCUCGCCGACCGCGUGGUAUGCGGCGGCGCGCAAGUGGGAUGCCAUUCUCCGGAGAUCCGACGUUGAAUUUUGGUGGCAACUGAAGCCCGGCCAGGUUUUGAUCUUUGACAACUGGCGUGUGAUGCACGGUAGGAGUGCGUUUGAGGGCAGAAGACGCAUCGCCGGCGCCUACAGUCCUGAACCAGGUUGUUGGCUGAGGAGCACAUGGUUCGCGAGUAAAGGCGCAAAGAGGAAACCGUUGAUAUCAUCUCGUCCGUUCAAUCGCUGCGUUUUGGCCGAUGACCCGCGCGUUUCGUUUCUGGCAGCCCGGAAGCGCGCCAGUCGAGUCAAGGCGGGGGAUGUGCGUUUUAGCCCCGAUGGCCCCGCGAUUCAGGACCUUGGCCCAUUGAGCAAACCCGCCUUCAGGAACAAUGCGACCCGAAUAGCCCCGAAGGCCGGGACCCCAUGGCACCAGGUUCCCCCCACAAGAACCUGGAAAAGCCUGGAAGGGAAUGUUGCGACGACGGCAGCCAUGCAUAGGCAUAUCCCUAGUGGCCGUCUUCAGGACAGCUUCCCCUCCGGGAACCUCCCCUUGAGCCCCACAGCGUCACCUCGCUGUCGAUUGUUCCGGCGCAUGAGCCAGGGACUCAUUGCCGCGGCGCGCCGGCCAUACUAUGGAAUCCUCAAUAUCUUUAGACAAAAGAAGAAAAGAGACCCUCUUGCGGCAAUAUUCCUCCCUGUCCUGUCGAGUCGACGCUUGUUAAAUAUGUUCCGCCACGCCCUUCGCGCUGCGGUCUCGCGGCCCCGAGUCCUCUGUGUUCCUCGUGCCGCAGUCGCCAGCAACAGCAGCAGCAACCCCGCGAGAUUCCAGCCCUUUUCCACGACAGUCGCAAGAAUGGCCGACAUGAAGGACGGUGCUUUCAAGCACGAUGCCACCGUGGCCCCGCAAAGCACUCGUGUGCUGCCUCUCUUCUCUCUCAAGGGCAAGACGGCCAUUGUCUCUGGAGCUGGUGCUGGCAUUGGCUUGCAGAUUGCCCAUGCCUACGCCGAGGCGGGUGCCAAUGUCGCCAUCUGGUACAACAGCAACAAAAAGGCCUUGGACCGUGCUGCUGAGAUUGAGAAAGAGUACGGCGUCAAGUGCAAGGCGUACCCGGUGAACGUCACCUCCCACCAAGCCAUCCAGGAGUCGAUCCAGCAGAUUGUGUCCGAGUUCAACGGCCGCCUCGACAUCUUUGUCGCCAACUCGGGCAUCGCAUGGGAAGAGGGUCCUUUGAUUGACGGGCCCAUGGACGUUGCCGACAGGGUUAUGGCCGUCAACGUCAACGGCACCGUGUACUGCGCCCAAGUUGCUGGCGAGCACUUCCGUAGGCAAAAGAAGGAGGGCACAACGCUCGACGGCAAGAAGCUCGAAGGCUUCACGACUGGUAGCUUUAUUGCUACCGCUAGCAUGAGCGCUCACGUUGUCAACAUCCCCCAGGCGCAAGCCGUGUACAACGCGUCCAAGGCGGCCGUCGUCCACCUCUGCAAGAGCUUGGCUGUUGAAUGGGUCGAUUUUGCCCGCGUCAACACGGUGUCGCCCGGAUACAUCAAGACUGAGAUUACCGCUUUCGUCGACGAAGAGUCCAAGAAGCAGUGGAGGAACAAGACGCCAAUGGGACGCGAGGGAGAACCCAGCGAGCUCAAGGGCGCAUACUUGUACCUGGCAUCGGAUGCCGCCUCGUACACCACGGGAUCCGAUCUUGUCGUUGACGGAGGUUACUGCUUGCCGUAA